AUGGGCUAUGAUGUUUAUAAAGAUGUGAGUGCCUCUUCUGACAAGAGGAACUCACAGGAAUUGAGUGGAGAUGCCUUUGGAGAGGAAUUUAAGGGAUAUGUCUUUAAGAUUAUGGGAGGCUGUGUGACAAGCGAGGCUGUUGGUGCCAUAUUGUCAGUAACCGAUUCAGUUUGUACAUUGCAGGUUCUUAGUCAAGAUGACACUCCCUUUCUCUACAUUGUCGUAUUCGGGGAGGGAGUAGUGAAUGAUGCUACCUCUAUCGUGCUCUUCAAUGCAGUACAAUCACUAGACGUGAGCAAUGUCAGCGGUCUUACAGCCUUGAAAUUGUUAGGCACCUUUCUUUACCUCUUCUUCACCAGCACUCUUCUUUGUAUAGCAGCUGGUCUUAUAAGCGCUUAUAUCAUAAAAACACUCUACUUUGGAAGGUAUGAGGGAACACUUCUGGAAUGUUGA